UGAGUCAUGCAAUUGAUUCAAUUUGGUGGUUCAGGCUCACCAUACCUGACAUACCUUUGCGUUCGCCUCAUGAAGAAGCACAGCUGCGACUCCGAUGAUGGAUUCGAGCACAAGAGGGACUAGGACACUGAGCUGUCCUUAUGAUGGAGGAGUCGUCCACGCUGUAAUACAAGUCGUUUUCUGCGCAGUCGACGAUAUUGCGCCAGCAAAGGUCAGAUUAUUCACACCUGCUGGUUGUUUCCUAGGUAGCCAACAUCAACGUGAAGAUACAUACAAUCACUGCCUCAGAUCGAACGACUUCCCCUUUUGGAUACUCAUUGUUAUGGUUUGAGGCUUUUUCUCACUUCAGACUUCAUGGAUCUUCCUCAAGGAACAUUCUCGCUCGAAUGUCAGAGUUGUCCUGACUCCUCCUCUAUUUGCCUUGUUUCUUCCCGCCACUCGUCUUCUUGGUUGUGUAUAUCAUCAAGGAGUCUGCCUCGACGAGAUGGCCUCAUCAGCAAAGAUGAUGCUUCUUACGUUGUGUCUCUGCAUUUUGGACACAGCUUUGAUCUUGUUUUCAUUCGACAAUCUCACCGGCACCAACGUCGUCUCUCGACAAAAUCUGGUCAAUGCUCUUCCGAUUAUCCUGAUGCUCACAAGAACGGCUAUCUUGAUACACCUUUGGGUACUCGUCCUAGGCAAGGAGCGAUGGCCCCGCAAAUCUCGGUCCUCUGCUAUCGGCAAACACAACACCUCUGCUCGAGAGCCGGUCUCCUUCUUCGGCCUGCCACUUGAGGUCCGCAAUCUGGUUUACCAAUCUUUGUUCGCUGGUCAGGACAUAUCCUUAAGGAAGGACGACCACAAAUCGAUCGUCGAAUUUCACAAACCGAGAUUCGUUAUGCCACAGAUUCGACGUGACCGGUCCCUUGGUCUGAACAUCCUCCUCGUAUCAAAAGCGUGCUUGCACGAGGCAAAGGCGGCAUUGUUAAACGAAGCGAACUUCUACCUGGAGUUUAAUCAACUCAAUACGCUUUUGGAAGAUACACUUAGGGGUUUCUCCAAAGACGACCUUCUGAGGGUCCGAUCAUUGCAUUGCGACCACGAGCCAAGAUGGUACUCUUCGAUGGAACACUGCCACCCCUUGGGGACUAUGACUAGGCUGGCCAAAGUUGACGUCCUGUACGCUUUCGACAUGUGGUUCGAUGUCUUCGAUAUGAACAUGUGGCUGGAUGCAAUUGACAUGUGGCCUGAAGAUGAUCCAAAGGAGUACUUACAGGCCAACAUCAUCUCCAUACUGCAUGAUCUCGCACUUGCAUGGAAACCGUGCAGACACAAGGCACUGCUUAGGCACUUCAAAGCUCAGGCGGCAAGAAGAAAGGGUAUGAAAUUGGUCUUCAGAGUUCCCAUCCCCAUUGAUGGCUUCCCAAUUGAUAUCUGCGUGGAACUGAUGUCACAAAUGGUUUGGACAGAGGGAACGUUAGGCGACGAUAACACUCUUCUUCCUGAGCAGAAUCUGCCCGGUUUGAUGGCGAUCUUCGAGGACGUUUAGUCGACGACCUUGAGGACGGACAUUCCGACAUCUUUCGGUUUUCUUUUUCAAAAUGCACACUGCACACUACACUCUGGCAUAAGGAACUUCUGCAUUCAAUUGUGACAGCGUUGGCGUUUGAGAGAUUUCUUUUGACAACAUCUUUGUAUUCGAGUUGUUGACGCGGAUCAACAGAUACUUGGCUCGCUGAAACUGUGGUAACAUGGAACAGGUGACAGAGCGUGGGAUAUGAGAGGACGGCUGAGAACUCUUGUUACGACGGACUAGAUUGAUCCAUGAAGGUGGCUGGGACAGCGCAUUGCUGAAAGUAGACAUGAAGGUGUUGUAUGUAUCAUUCAGUGCUUCGAGAAGGUUUUAGUAGUUGAGGACGUGCAGAAUGACAUUUCCACGCCAGCG